AUGGAAGUUCAAAGUGACGUCUCUUUAGAUUCCAGACCGUGCGUGGUAGUUAAGACACUUCUUCCAAGUAAACUGUGUGACUUUGAGAUGUUUUGGGAGAGAUUUAACAGCAGACAGAAGCCACUGACCUGUGGAGCGUACAGUUCACUCGGGUGGAGCUAUACUGAAGAUGUUUCAGAGCCACUUCACCUGGAACCAAAGAGACUCCUAGUGAGUUUUCUGGGACAACUAGAGAAGGCACCAAAGGGGGAGAUCUCUGAAGUUGAUGAUGAUCUGGAUCACGAAACCCCUCUACAUUCUUCACAGGAAAAUGAGAAAUUGCCACCAAAAUAUCCUCGGUUUCAGAAGAGAGAGGACACUGUUCUUCGCAAGCACUUACGGCUAGCAAGGCAGCACAGUCUUGCAGUGAAACAGGGCCGUAGCUACUUUCACCUCCUUCAGAAGGAGGAGCAGGAGGCGCAGGAGGAGCGGGCGACAGAAAGACGGAGGAAGAAGGAGUUGAGACUCGCCGAGCUGAGACCUCCUGCUGUCUCCUCAGAUUCCGAUGAGGACAAUGACAUUGAGAGGUGGUGUGACUUUGCAGCAUCAUCCUCUUCAGAGAUGAAAUGCAACAGGAGGAAAAUUCGGUCUGUUCGUCCAUUUACACCCGUCCACAGAUCGUUGACCUCAGCUCAGCCUCACCAGCUACCAAGAGAGUGUGUGUAUCGCCAGUUGUGCUGUUUGACCUGGCUUUUGGAGGCAUUGACUCUAGACCAUUCUGGGAAACUUGGACCUCUUACUUUUUGUUGGGAUGCCAAGGACCCUGGAAGAAGCAGAACCACAAUAAAGAGACUGAAUAAGGAAAAGGCAAUAGAGGCCAAGUGGGAGCAGUUUAUCGCCACGCCGAAGCCGCGGCAUGUCACAUCAAAGCCCCUUCGUGUUUCUUCAGGACGACAUCUGACCUUGAAGACCUCCAGCCUCAGUGUGGUUUCCUCUCUAGCAUCAGCAUCAUCGGUGGGCAGCUUGUCAUCGUUCACGGUGGCCCCCGACUUCACGUGCAGUGACCCUGUUUCAAGUGAUGGCUUUGAGGCCCUGAGCGCACGGAAACCCGAUUCUGAUCCUUCGCCAUCAGAAUGUAGCAAUGUGUCAGUCAAAGUCCAGCCUGAGAGAGAGCCAAACACAGCCAAUGAGAAAACAAAGUUUCGGACUCAGAGCAUUAAGAGAAGUUUCCCUGUGGGACUGAGCUCUGCCACCCAGCUGGUGCGUGAGAAGGAAGCCAUGUUGGAUGCGAUGAAAGCAUCUUUUGGUGACAAAGCGGAAGAGUUGAUGCUUAGUUUAUCAGAUGCUUUAGAGCGCAGUGCCAAGAAGAGGUGGGAUAAUGGGGUCCAGCGAUAUCUGUCUCUUUGUAAUAUGACAUCACAUGGACAAAUUCCUUCUGUGACCUGUUUACCUUCUGCGGUCUCUACGGCAACGGCACAGGACUCAAAAGUGACUGAUGCUGUGUGUUCAGAAGAUCCAUACAGCACUCAGUGGCUCUCAGAGUUGCUCAGUAGCCUGACCCCCAUCAAACACUCAGACAGGAGGGUCGCAUGUUUGCUGGAGAAGUUAAGUCGAUUUACAGAAGGCCUCACACUGCGGGUUCAUCCACACAGCUUCCUCAGGGUCCUAAACUCCCUCCCACCAUGGGAGCUCUGCUGCCCGGAUCUGUGUGUGUCUAUAGAGAUAGUGAGAGAUAAUGCAGUAAAGAUGCCCAAGGCAGAGUACGAUUCAUGGUUACACCGCAGACUCAGCCAAUCACAGACCACCAAGAGUGUAACACACAACAUAAAAUGAAAACUGGAGAAACAGGUGAAAAGAUGCUGUGUAUUUUUCAGACCUCAGAUACUGCAAAGAAAACAAGUUCAUGUUCACUUUAAAGCAUCACAACAGUAAUAUUUGUAUUUAGGAAAUGUAUUUAGGAAAAGUUCAAAUAUUACUUUUAUGUAAUAAAUACAUAAAUAAUAUGUACGUUUUUAUAUGUCUUGUCAUGUUGUCUUUCACAUUGCUUUUGGAUGACUCCUGAGGUUUGAUUUUGUUCCAAUUGAACAGACACUCAUCACAAUACAUCUAGAAAUGCUAAAUAAAUGAAAAUUUGGAAUGGUCUCUUUAUUUUUUCUGCGGCUCUGCACUUUUGGAUUAUGUGUCAUGGUGGGACAAACCCACAGAUGUUCAACAGAUCUCUGUUGAAACACAUAACCGUCACCUUGUGUGUCUUUUCUCCGUUCAAAAAUGUUGCUCAAUAUUAUGAAAUUCAAUAAUACAGUCAUGUAUGUUGUUUUAA